AUGGAAUCAGUUGCUAGUCGCAUUAUGGGUCCUAGUUUUCUACCUCCACGUGAUAAUACUCACACUCUUGUUGAGGAUCAACGAAAGGCCAGAGUCAAUCAGAUCAUACAGCAAUUUAAUGUGGUGGCUAGCAAACUCAAUGCAGCCAAGAGAAGGAGAAGGUGCUUGCUCGGCAUGAAGGAGAGAGAAGCUAAUUAUUGGUGGGAAACUCCCAUCGAUCAACUUAACCCCAAGGAGCUAGAAGAACUAGAGCUUCGUUUUGCAGAGCUUCUCGAGCUCUACAUCAGCAGGAGCAAGAAGAUUGCAGCCACUACUUUAAUGCCUACUCCAAGGGAUCCUGCUCAGUUCAAUCCAUCUACUCCAAGGGACUUUAACUGA